CCGACUUCCUGUGUAAUGCUAACGUAAAUCUCACCGGGAAAAGUUAAUUUAUUCAUGUUUUAACUAAAUAUUUACACCGCACUAAACAUUUUAUAUGCUGUAAAUUUACUCCGAAUAUUUAAUUAGCUAUAUGCAGUGACUUAACUUAAAAAUACAGCAAAAAUUCCGAAUAAAUCAGCGGUUUAUUGUGAAAGCUCGGACCGGAUGCUAGCGUGUUUCUGUUGCUAAAUGCUAACGCUGCUACUUCGACCUAAACUCUUCAAUUAUUGUGAUUUUUGGGCUCGAUUCUCGGGAAUAAAAGUCUAAAUGGGGAGAUAUAAAUGCUGUGCGGAUAACUGUGAAAGUUCCAGUGAGUCGGACAUCAAAUUCUUCAAGUUUCCUCUGUAUAACCCGAGGAAGCUGCGGCGCUGGUUGGGGAGUAUGGGUCGUGAGGACUGGACUCCGUCGAGGUUUUCGGUUUUGUGCAUCCUUCAUUUUGAGGAGAAACAUCUGGACCGAACGGGAAAGUGCAUCACCCUGAGAGAGGACGCCGUGCCCACGGUGUUCAGCCCGCGCCCGCAGGGGCAGGGGCAGGAGCGGCAGGAGCGGCAGGAGCGGCAGGAGCGGCAGGAGCAGGGGCAGGAGCAAAGGUCUGAAAAUAAGGUUUCACAUGAAGCUUCUGUUUCUGCAGCAAAAAGUAAAAAGGGAAAACUGGAGGACGAGCGGCUCAGAGACUCUGAGCUCAUCCUGAGAAACUCCACCACAUUAAAACUCUUCUGA